AUGCGAAUCCGGUCUUCGAUUCUACUGCAGGCUGCAUUAAUCUUUCUCGGUGACAUUUUCGGCAAGUCUGAUCCCUUAAUUCACUUCUUCACAAUAUCUCUAUCUCGAAUCCGGUCCCCAUAGACUACACUUUAAUGUAAUGUAUCCCCUACCAUUUUGACGCAGGAAAAAAUGCGCAUGAUAAUGUCUUUAAUUGUUGCUGGAUUUUCGUAACGAGAAUUCUAGGCACGUUGGCUAAUCUAAUCCCAGUUUGAUUAUAGCUUGAAACUUCACCUUCCCUACUUUCAGCACACGCCGAGCAACCAUCAACUUAUAAACUGUGCAAAAGUGAGCACGCAGAGUGCACGACUAUAAACUUCAGACCUGGAGACCAAACCAAAGGCCAGCACUGCCGUUUGGCCUGUUCACAUAAGAAAACAGGUCUGUAUAUUUGCCACAUGCUUGUCCCUACUGAAUGUCAAUGACGAUUACGAAUGCUCCGCUUAUUUUGUGAUUCCUGAUUGACGCGGAACAGAGCUCAGAUAUUAACCUCCUCCUUGUCCUUUAGGGCAGUUGAGCGAGAAAAUCACCGCCUUCUAUUGCGAAACGCCUGAGGAACCCUGCACCCUGUACGACGUUUACGGACGACCAGAUUACCCCAGAAAUUUCGAAAGGCAUGUUCUCUGUGUGCAGGCAUGUCAGUUUGUUGCGCAAGGUGAGUCGCCAAAUCGCCUUCCAGAAACACUUGCGGCCUCGUCUUCUCAGCAGGCCAAACACCUGCUACAUCGUCUAACACUCACCUAACCUCCAUCAUGGUUCAUAUGCCAUGCAAAUAGGCCUUAUAAUUAACAACGUAUUCGUCACUUUUCAGUUGAACAAAGCACCGCGACGUCUUUUAAACUAUGCAGGGACGUCCAGCAGAGGUGUAGUCCAAUUGAGAAGAAAAAUGGUACAUUCAAUGACUUCAGAAAGUGCAUUUUCCAGUGUGACGGUUGGGUAAAGCGUAAGUUCUUAACCUACAUUUUGCGCACUUGUACUGCUUUGCGUCACCCUUGUUCAUUCAGUAAGCUGCCUUUUUAACUUUAAAGUGGAAAAUACCAAGGAGAACACAGCAUACCUCUGUCCUGCAAGCGGCGAUUGUCAGCAAGGCAAUUACUUCACCAAGAAGAAUGAAGCAGGCGCAUUCGCCAGCUUGAAGGCCUGUUUCGAGACUUGCAUGUCAGGUGAGGUUCCAUAUGCACUGCAGCUUGCCAUUAAAGAAUGCUUAAUACUCGUUUCCGAAACGUAG